UGGUCCUAAGUAAGUCACGUGGAUAUAACUGACUCCACAACCUUAAUAUUGAAAUUACUUUGGUUCCUACGGAGUAGAUAGUCUUUUGCCAUAAUCCGGAUUUCUACGCAGAGCGUUAAUUUGGGCCAUCACAGUCGUCCGCAAGAACUUAGUGUUUACUUCAUUAAUCUACCUCAACUUACUAGCGCGUAUCUCGAUUGUCACUCUUGGAUAUGCCAGCUUCUACGGCCAAACCAAGCAAAAAUCAACUGAGAAGGGCCAGGAAGAAGGCAAAGAAACUUAGUGUCACUGAUGCACCGAUAUAUGAUUCCGAAAAAGAAAGCCCACCUGUGGAAAAGUCAACACCGAUUAAAGAUGGCACACACUCCGACGCUGGAUCUUUCCUUUCUCCGGAUACCGGUGAUUCUCUGUGGCAGAUGUACCAAGAUGUCCUCAGAAAGUUUGACAAGGGUGAUGCAGAAGGAUCGGUAACGAGGGAACCCGAGAAGCCAGAGAUAUUCUUUGAUGGUGAUGAUGAAAUCCCAGAUGAAGAUGGAGAGAACGAGCCGAGAUUAUCCAAAAAGAAGCGAAAAGAAAUGAACAAGCUUUCUGUGGCAGAACUGAAGGCCAUGGUUCGGAAACCCGAGAUAGUCGAGUGGACUGAUACGUCGGCACCUGAUCCACGUCUCCUGGUUCACAUAAAAGCGCGCCGGAAUGUUGUUCCUGUGCCUUCCCAUUGGUCUUUGAAACGAGAGUACUUGUCUUCAAAGAGGGGUGUUGAGAAAGCCCCAUUCGCUCUGCCCAAGUUUAUCCAGGAUACGGGGAUCGCAGAAAUGCGCGACGCUGUUUUAGAGAAACAGGAGCAAGCAACUUUGAAACAGAAGCAAAGAGAGCGGGUCCAGCCGAAGAUGGGGAGACUGGAUAUCGACUACCAGAAAUUAUAUGAAGCCUUUUUCCGUUUCCAAACAAAACCAGAGCUGACUCGAUACGGCGAAGUCUACUAUGAAGGCAAAGAAUAUGAGACUAACCUCAAGCACUUACGUCCUGGUGAACUCAGCGAGACUUUGAAAGAGGCUCUCAACAUGCCCCCUGGUGCCCCACCUCCAUGGUUAAUUAAUCAACAGCGAUAUGGGCCACCGCCAUCAUAUCCUGCUUUGAAAAUUCCGGGGCUCAAUGCCCCUCCGCCGCCUGGGGCUAUGUGGGGCUAUCACCCUGGAGGUUAUGGGAAGCCCCCGGUGGAUGAACAUAAUAGACCACUUUACGGUGGUGACAUUUUUGGUGUACUGCAAACCCAGAAAAAUGUCCAGCAAGGGGAGCCAGUUGAGAGAGAUCUAUGGGGGGAACUACAGUCGCCUGAGGAAUCAGACGAGGAAAGCGAGGAAGAGGACGAGGAUGAGGAUAUUGAUGAUGAGAGCAUGGAAGCAGGCAUACAAACCCCUAGUGGCCUGGAAACACCGAGUGGUAUUUCAUCUGCGGUACCUUCGGAGUUUGCAACAGCAGAGAGUGUUGCUGCUGGGGAGUUCGACGUACGCAAGCAUCUUCAAGGGACAGAAACUGAAGAAUCUCCACAACCCCGGAGUGCAUAUCGGAUCAUCAGCGAAAAACAAACUCGGAUACACGGAUUUUUUGGUGGUGAUAGGGUGUACGAUCUAAAUAUGUCUUCGGGGAGCAUUCCUACUCUUGGGGAUGAACGAAACCGCAAACGCAGAAAUCCUGGAGACGUUGACGUGUCUGUAAAUCCGGAUGCACUGCAGGCCGAGAAUGGUAUCAGUAGGGAGAACUUGGAAAAUCUGUAUCAUUCACAGAGUCAACAGGAGCGUUAUCCAAAUUGGGGCUUUCAAGAGGAUCUGAGUGAUAUGAUUGCCCGUGAAAGCCGUAAGAGAUUCAAGAAGGAAGAAGGGCAAGGGUGAGUUAUCACUGAUGGCGGUGGUGGUUAGUAGCUGUGGUAUGUGCUUAUAUGUAUUAUAUAUGGCUUUGGCCGGUGGUUCCUAUGGUCUUGGUUGUUCGAGGUAUUAAUAUUUACGGUGGUAUGGACAUACAGUGCAGAAUAAUAUUUAUUAUGUUUGGAAAGUCAUUAACCUGGCUAUGGGUUUGAUGUCCUCUCGAUGAGCAUAUAACGGUGUAGGAUCAGCUCCCCCACAGUCAGAGAUUCUA